AUGGAUCUGCCUGCCACCGUAAGAUCCACUGGGACGCUGGAGCGAUCCCGUGCGCCUGACGCUCUUUUGGGGCAGACACAGCCGCAGCAGGAGGAGCGGCGGGCGGGACAGCAGGAACGCGCAAAUUGUACUCGUGCUGGAGAGGAAAAUCCACACAGCGCCGCGGAUGCCCAUCGGCGCCUCAUGCAAGAUUUAAAACGGAUACAAUGUGCUUCUAACUCGCAUUUUUCGGCACGCCCAGUUGACGGAGACCUCUUUCAUUGGCGGGCCAUUGUGCUUGGGCCUGACAGUACAGUCUGGGAGGGUGGGAUCUUCAAGCUGCAGCUGAACUUCACCGUCGAAUAUCCGUGUGCGCCACCGAAAGUUCGAUUUCUGACAAAGGACAUGUUUCAUCCAAACGUGUACGUUGAUGGAAAUAUAUGCCUUGACACACUGAAGAGUUGCUGGAGCCCGAUAAUCGAUGUUGAAUCCCUGCUGAUGAUGGUCAUAUCACUUUUGUCAGAUCCCAACCCCAAUUCCGCCGCGAACGGUGAGGCUGCCUCGUUAUACACAAAUGCAAGGGACAAAUAUGACGAACGCGUAAGACGUCUUGUAGAGGCCUCGCUUGAGCAAUCCUUCUCGGAUGCAGAGGAUGAAUGA